GAUUAUCCGCUGCAAAAGAAACGGACUCCUUGUUCCUGGCCCAUUAAGAGAGAGCACCUGAGCCGUCACAUCUGUCUAGCACAAGAGACCACCUGAGACUGUUACAUUACUUGAACCUUUAGAAUGGCAAAUAAAGGGGUUGCUAUUGGAAUUGAUCUGGGAACGACCUAUUCUUGUGUUGGGGUCUUCCAACACGGCAAGGUGGAGAUCAUCGCUAAUGAUCAGGGGAACCGCACCACCCCUAGUUAUGUUGCCUUCACUGACACUGAGAGGCUGAUUGGAGAUGCUGCCAAGAACCAAGUGGCCCUCAAUCCACAGAACACAGUGUUUGAUGCCAAAAGACUAAUUGGCAGGAGGUUUGAUGAGCCAGUGGUGCAGUCUGACAUGAAGCAUUGGCCCUUCCAAGUGAUCAGUGAUGGAGGCAAGCCCAAGGUUAAAGUGGACUACAAGGGAGAAGAAAAAACCUUUUCUCCUGAAGAGAUUUCCUCCAUGGUGCUAACCAAGAUGAAAGAGACAGCUGAAGCCUAUCUGGGCUACUCUGUGACUAAUGCUGUUAUCACUGUGCCAGCAUACUUUAAUGACUCUCAAAGACAGGCCACUAAGGAUGCCGGGGUGAUCGCUGGGUUGAAUGUUCUGAGGAUCAUCAAUGAGCCCACCGCAGCUGCUAUUGCCUAUGGUCUGGACAAGAGUGGGAAAGGAGAGCGAAACAUCUUGAUCUUUGAUCUUGGAGGUGGUACUUUUGAUGUGUCCAUCCUGACCAUUGAUGAUGGUAUCUUUGAAGUCAAAUCCACCGCUGGGGACACCCAUCUGGGAGGUGAAGACUUUGACAACCGCAUGGUGAACCACUUUGUAGAAGAGUUCAAACGCAAGCAUAAAAAAGACCUGUCUCAAAAUAAGAGGGCGAUUAGGAGACUGAGAACAGCCUGUGAGAGAGCUAAGCGCACUCUGUCAUCCAGCACCCAGGCCAGCAUAGAGAUUGACUCUCUCUUUGAGGGCAUUGACUUCUACACUUCCAUCACAAGGGCUCGGUUUGAAGAACUCUGCUCAGAUCUUUUCAGGGGAACUCUGGAGCCUGUAGAAAAAGCUUUGAGAGAUGCCAAACUGGACAAGUCUCAUAUUCAUGAGAUCGUCCUAGUGGGAGGUUCCACUCGCAUUCCCAAAGUUCAAAAGCUACUACAAGACUUCUUUAAUGGCCGAGAACUUAAUAAAAGCAUCAAUCCUGAUGAAGCGGUGGCAUAUGGUGCAGCUGUCCAGGCUGCAAUUUUGAUGGGAGACAAGUCAGAAAACGUUCAGGACCUGCUGCUGUUAGAUGUUGCCCCUCUUUCUUUGGGCUUGGAGACAGCAGGUGGGGUGAUGACUGUUCUCAUCAAACGCAACACAACCAUCCCCACAAAGCAGACCCAGAUCUUUACCACCUAUUCUGACAACCAACCAGGAGUACUCAUCCAGGUCUACGAAGGAGAGAGAGCAAUGACCAAAGACAACAACCUCCUAGGAAAGUUCGACCUGAGUGGGAUCCCCCCAGCCCCACGGGGGGUACCGCAGAUCGAAGUAACUUUUGACAUAGAUGCCAAUGGAAUUCUGAAUGUGGCUGCAGUUGACAAGAGCUCUGGCAAGCAGAACAAAAUAACCAUUACCAAUGACAAGGGAAGGCUUAGCAAGGAAGAUAUUGAGAGGAUGGUACAGGAGGCAGAGAGAUACAAAGCUGAUGAUGAGGCACAGAAAGAGAAGAUUGCUGCCAAGAAUGGACUUGAAGCCUAUGCCUUCAAUAUGAAGAGCACUGUUGAUGAUGAUGCCAUCAAGGGCAAGAUUAGCGAAGAAGACAAAAACGCAAUUCUGGAAAAAUGCAAGCAGGUCAUCAACUGGCUGGAGGCGAAUCAACUGGCAGAAAAGGAAGAAUACAUCCAUCAGCAGAAGGAACUGGAAAAGGUGUGUAAUCCUAUCAUAACCAAGCUGUACCAGGGAGGUAUGCCAGGUGCCACCAGCGGUGCCCAGCCAAAGGCAGGUCCCACCAUUGAAGAGGUAGAUUAAAAACAUGUCAGAGGAAAUGGACAUUGAACUUUUGUCCAGCAAUUUCAAGACAAUAUUGUUAACUGCACUUUGUUUAGGUUUCUAUAGCAUUAUUUCCUUAAAUUGUGAAUGACUUAAUCUAUAUAGAUAUAUAUAUAUAUAUUACCCACAGUAUAUUAACAUACAGCUGCAUUGCUGCUUGUGGCAUUAUUGUGAUGGUGGCUUGUUUUAACUGUUUAAAUGUCACCUGGAACCACCACACACCUCUUAAAUACAUGUCCGUGUUAAAGCUAUGUGCAAUGCAAAGUCUACGGGUCGUUCUGUUUGUUGAGACAGUUGCUGUUGGUACAUAAAGUAGAAUGAUGACACUGCACUUUCUAUCCCCUUGUAUCGAAUCUGCUGAUACAGGGUAAAGCACCUUCUAAAUGUAUGCGUUUGAAGUGUUAAAUUGUUAAAUGAAAACAGUAAUUAUACAGAGACUGUUCUAAAGUGUAUCUUCCUUUUGUGCUAAAUGCUGCCGUGUACAUUUCAAUGGCUAACGUUACAUUCCAUGUGUACCAGUGUUUGUGGUUCUUAAAUAAAGCAUUACCAGAAAUCCA